AGAACAGAGGGAAGACGCACAGACGGAUCAACUGACUAGCGCACCACAGACUUCCACUUCAGCUGGGAACCAAAGCUUGUUGCGACCUUUGCAGGAGGACUCUAUUCAGUGUAGUGCGGUGAUGUCUCCUGCCUCCUCCUCCUCUUCCACCCCCACUCCUCAUUCUUCUCAGGAAGCAGGCUGCAGCGAGCCGGGAUAUGUCAACUACACCCGCUUGCAGUACCGCAUGCCACAGCCGGGGGCGCCAGAGCAGGAUGUAGGAGGUUAUGAGGAUGAUAAGGUCCAGCUGCCCUUCACUGUGACUGACCUGAAGGGCGUGAACCUACAGCUGGUCACUGGGCCCCACAACGGACAGAGUGUGUGUGUGGAGCAGUUGACUCUGGACUUUGAGUACCUGAUCAACGAGGUGAUCCGGAGCGACGCCCGCUGGGCUGCUCAGUUCUGUUCCUUCAACGACUACGACGUUGUUAUACUGGAGGUACAUGUAUACACUAAUCACCUCUAU